AUGGUGAAAACAUGCAAUGGCUGUCAGCGCUUUGCCAAGAAAAGGCACGCGCCGGCUUCCGCCUUGAAGACCAUCCCCAUCACUUGGACAUUCGCUUGGAUCGAGGCCAAGCCGAUCAAGAAGAUGGAUGGCUCCACAGUCGUCACCUUCCUCAAGGACAUCAUCAUCCGGUAUGGCUACCCCCACAGCAUCAUCACUGAUAAUGGCACCAACUUUACCCAAGGCGUCUUCUCCCGCUUCUGCGAGGAAAAAGGGAUUCAGAUGGACCUAGCGUCCGUGGCAUACCUCGAGUCCAAUGGGCAGGUGGAUAAAGCCAACGGCUUGAUUCUAGCCGGCAUUUGGCCCCGGCUGGUGGAUCUGUUAGAGCGAGCUGCCGGCUGCUGGAUUGAAGAGCUGCCCUCCGUACUCUAG